AUGAAUUAAAGCAGUGUAAGCAUUCAAAUCGCUUUACUCUACUCAAUAAAGACAGAUGAUGAGUCGGAAUCUUAAAUUGACAAAAUUGACUUUAUGAAUAAUAAUACUUAAUAAUUCUAUUCUAGAAUAUAAAAUGAAAUUCUUUAAGUCAAAGGUUUAUUUGGAAUCUAUCAAGAAGUUUAAAGAGAAAUUUAAUUGCAAAUAAAUGAAAUUGUGAACUUGUAAUCAUAUUUAAGUCAUUCUGAGAAGGGUAGCUUAAUAGCCAUAAAGUACGAAAAUAUUAUGAUAUUUUGUUUGAUUCUCUCUGAAACAUUUUUUGUUACUAAACCCAUCAAUGAAAAAGCUAUUGAAAUAGUACUUUUUAGAGUAUUAUAAGAUUUAACUGACAAUAUUAAACUUUGCUUUAAUGAUGAACAAUUGAAAAAAAAUUGGUAUUAAGGAGAUAUAAUUCCUUUUAAUUAAAUAUAGCAAAGAACUGAGUAUUAUUUUGCUGAAAGUGAAAAUAAGCAAAUUUAAUAAUAUGAUUGUAUAUGGAGUUUGUCAUCUAAAAAUAAUAGAGAUUACAAUAUCAUUAAUUCAUAGACAUUAUCUCCUUAACUAACUAGAAUAAGGAAACUGCAAUUUAGUUAGUAAGAAUCUAAAAACUUUGAUUAAAAUUUCGACAAAUUUAUAAUAUUAUUAUUGCUUUAAAUUUUAAAUACCAAUUCAAAGUAAAUAAGCCAAUUAAUAGGAAUAUUAAACAUUGAGUAUCAAAGCUAAACAUUGAAAAUUAUGCUUAAUUAAGUAUCAGAUGAAUUAGAAAAGGAGGCUAAUAGUUGCAUAAAUAUAUUAAUAGAAACAUUAGUAAAUGAAAGGAAAUCAAUUUUUACAUCAUCAAAAAUAAUAGAUAAUCAAAGGAAGAAGUUUGAGGAAUAAGUAAAUAAUAUUUUAAAAACAUUGAAAUUAUCAGAUAAAAGAGUAUUGGUUUAUAACCAAGAAUUAAUUCAAAAAAAUGAUUAAUAACUCUUUGAAUUGUAGAUGGAUAAAUUUUGGAAAUUAUUGGAAGAAAAAAUUAGUAGAAUUAAAACUAAUUUUAAUUGUGAAAAAAAUGCAAUAAUUGAUGAAUUAAGGACAUCGUAUGUAGUAGAGAGAAUCAGCUUAAGAUUAUAAAGAGUUGAUGAAAAUCAAUCAGGAAGUGUCAAGAGUAUUUCCCAAAUAGAUAAUUAAUAAUAUACAAUUUUAAAUAAAAAUUGUUUUAAGCUCUAAUCUUCUGAAUUUAACAUAAAGGAUAUUUUUGAAACAAAAGAAAAAGCUCGCAUAUAUAUAAUAACUUCUCAAGGAAAUAAAAAAAAAUGCUAAACUCACAUAUAUUUCCAUAUGUAUAAAACAACUUAAAUAUAAUCAAUAAAAUAAUUAGAUAUAAAGGAUACAGAAUAAGCUGUUUUCUUUCAUGAUUAUAGUAGAGGAUGUUUGUAUAUAUUUAACUUUAAAAAAUUCUAAGUUUUGCAAAUGAUAAUAACAGAUAAAGGAUUAAUUUCAAGUGAAUCUUAAAUUUAUUAUUAACAAGAGCUCUCAAGCCGUUUUAUAGUUUCUCAUGUGGCAUAUUUGAAUACUAUGAAUAAAUUCCUAGUAUUGUCAAAAGAUAAGUUAAUUUAUAAAUCGCAAGAUUAGGGAUAAGAUUUUGAAAAAGUGAAAUGCAAAAUAUAAAUUGAAAAUCUUGAUCCCUAAGAAGAAGAAUUCAAAGCAACCAUUUAACCAGAUAUAAAAUAUAAUUAAUUAAUUGGUUGCCCUAGCGGAAGAUACUUUUAUCUUGCCAACAACUAUUGUUGUGAUAGAUAUGAUUUAAAUUGUUUGAAAUUAGAUUACAUUAAAAUAGAUGGACCAAUCAAAAUAUUUGCUGAUUUUUAGGAUGUCAUAAUUUUAGGUCAACUUAAUUCUACAGAAGUUCUGGCAAAGAAUGCAAAAAUCAUUAGUAAUUUAGUUUCUUAAAAAAAAUUUAAUAAAUAAGAAAAUUAUGAAAAAAAUGUGAUUGGAAAUCCUGCACUUGAUAUCGUUAAAGGUUCUUUUAUAAAAUUUGGCCCAAACUCUUAAUUUUUAUUAAAAGAAAAGUUGAAACACAUUAGUUUAUAUGUUAAUAAAGAAUAUUAUGAUAAAAUAGAUCCUUAUUUAAAUAUAUUGAAUGUGAAUGAAAUCAUUCUAAGUUCUUCAAAGCUUUAGUUUGCAGAAUAUAAAAAUGAAUAAAUAAAAAAUAUUAUAUUUUCUAGAGUUCCUCUAUAAUUAUGUACAAUUGAAAAUAGUAACUUAAUACCUCUAAAUGAUGGAUUUAGACAACAAUCUUAAACUUAAACUAUAAUAAGUGUAGAUUAAAAAGUUAAAUAAUUACAUUUAGGAUUUUUAGAAGAUCAUUUGUCUAAUUAUAAUAAUAAGAUAUUUGUAGUUGGUAUUAUAGGAAAAUAAUCAUCAGGCAAAAGUUAUUUAUUAAAUAGAGUAUUUGGUACUCGUUUUUCAGUUUCAUCAGCUAGAUGUACUGAUGGUGUUUGGGGAAGUAUAGCAUAUAUUGAAGAUUAAACAUUUUUAGUCUUAGAUUGUGAAGGAUUAUUUAAUGGAGCUAGGACAGAUAAAGAAGAAAUAAAAAUUUUAGCAUUUCUUACUGCAUUAUGUGAUAUUACAAUAUUAAAUUCUGAUUUAACUUUUAAUAGACAUUUCAAUGAAUUGUUCAAUCAUUUAGUUGAAGCAUCUAAGUAAUUAAAUGAUGAAAAAUUAUUUAAAGGAAUUUUAUAUUAUAUUUUAAGAGAUGUAAGUUCAAAUGAUAAUUCAGGAGCAGAAAAAGAAUUAUUAAAAAAUCUUGAAAGACUUAAAGAAAGUGGAACAGAAGAAAUAGUAUUCUUAAAGAGAUUAUUUAAUAAUAAAUUUGCAGUAGAAAAAUUAGUCAAUUAUGAAGUAAAAUUGUUUGAUUAAUAACUCAUUGCUGUAAGAAAAUACUUUUUAGAUAAUUCUGCAAAAUCAAAUCGUUGGAAGGAUGGUAAACAAUUAAUUUAGAUUAUGAAAAUAUUGCUAUGCUAAUUGGAAUUAUCGGAUAAUACUUAUGCAAGUUUGAUAGAUUUGUAAUUAAGGAUAGAUAAGAUUUUUGAAGAGAGCAAUGAAUUAUGGUAUGAUUUUUUUUUGAAUGAAGUUUCUGAUAAUAAUUUGUAGUUAGUUUAAAGUGAUUAUAAGUUUCCAAAACAUGAAAAACACUAGCAUUUGUUAUUUAAUAUAGACUUAGUGAAAUAAUUAUAUAAAAAUCUAAUUACAGAAGAUACUAUCUCAACCCAUAAUAAAAAUUUGCUCUAGAUAAAAACCCAAUUUCAUUUAAUGAUGGAAAAAAGAAAAGAAUUAAUUAUUUAAAGAGCAUAAUCAGAAACAAUUAAUAUUAAUAAUGAAGAAGUCAAAGUGAUUAUUGAAAAAAAUAUGUCUUUAUUAAAGAUUUUCUUAACAGACCAAAUAAAAUAGUACUAAUUUUGUGAAGAUAAAUGUAAUGACUGCCAUUUACAAUGUAAAUCAUUUAAAAAUCAUAUUGAAAUAUCCUAAACACUGAUGUAAAAGUUGCAUAUAGAUAUAGACUAUUUAGAAAAAAAGCAUAAAAAAUAAAAAAUAAAAAAUAAAACACAAGAAUAAGAGAAGAGAGAAAGAAUUGAUUAAAUUAAUGAGGGAAUAAAAUAAGCUGAACAAAAUUUAGAAGGAUUAAUAAUUUCAAAGAAAAUAAUUGAAAUUAAGGAAAAAUUAUCUAAGGAAAAAGAUGCUAUGAAGAAAUAUGAUUUCUAUGAUUCAAAUGGAGAAUAUAUAGACACAAAUGUUUUUCAAAUGACCUAAUUUCAAAAUGAAAAUUUGCAAACUGCUACUUUAGAGAAUAUGGAAAAAAUACAAAAUCUAUUAGUCAAAGAAAUUCCAUUACUUCGAAAAACCAAAGAGCUGAAUAAUAAAAGAAUUUAAUAAUAAGAAGCUUAACUUGAAUAAUUAGAAAAAGAUUUAAUUAUUGAGAUGGAUCAAGUAAGGGAGAUUGAAACAAAUUAAGUUAAGUUAUCAUCUAGUAUAAAUUAAAUUAAUGAGUAAAAACUAAAAAUAUUUCAGGAUUUGUAAAGUGUUCAAAAUGAAAUUUCAACAAUAUAGAAUGUUGGUUAAGAUAUUAAUAUUCCAAAUUUGUAAUCUAUAGUUUAUGAUGAAAAUAGUAAGUUAAUAGAAAUUGGAUAAGAACUUUAAAUUUAAGAGUCGAUUUAUAAAUAAAAUUCUGAAGAAUUAGAAAGCUUAUUAAAAAUGUAGGAAGAAGAAUAAAUUUAGUAUUUAGAUCAAUUAGAGUAAGAUAUAAAUGAAUAUCUUGAAAAAUAGAAUUAAUUGGAUGAAGAAAUCGAAACCCUUAAGAAAAAAAAAAGAGAUAUAGAAGAAAUUAGAAUGAAAUUAGAAAAAGAAAAAUCAAAAAAAAUGGGAAGAAACGAGAAAAAAAUUAUGGAAUUAAAUUAAGAAUUAAAAGGAUUAGAUGAGAAAUUAAUAAAUGAUUAACUAUAAUAUUGUGAAUUAAAGCAGAAAGAAAUAGAACAAAAUUUUAAAAAUUUCGAAAAUUCUGAGUUAUAUAAUAAAUGUAUAGAAGAAAUAUAAUAAGAGUAAAAAUAAGAUUAAAUGGAUAAUAAAUGUAUAGAAAAAAUAUAAAAAGAGUAAGUAUAAGAUUCAAUUGAUAAUAAAUGUAUAGAAUAAUAAGAGUUCUAAAUUCAAACUAAUUAAUUAGAAAUGAAUUUGUAUAAUUAGUAAAAUUAAUGCCAGCAGAAUUAAUAUUUUGAAACUAAAAAUAAAAAUUAGGAAAAAAAAUUAAAUGAAACUAAGCCUUAAAUAAUAAAAUUAUUAUUAAAAAAAAAAAAAGAAAUAGCGCUUUAAUGCAAGGUUAAAAUAGAUGAUUUAAAAGAGUAAAUUGAAUAAAUGAAAAAUAAAAUUGAUAAUAUUAACUAAAAGAUUUAAGAAACACUGAAGAUGAAUAAGCUUCUAUCUACUUCAGAAAGUUAAAAGUCAGACAUUUCUUAAUUUGAUGAAAGAUUAAAAAGUUUGAACUAAAAAUUAUUGUUAGAAGCAGGAAAACUUUGUAAAAUAAAGCAAAAUUAAGAAACAAUAAAAAAUAAUAUAGAUGAGUUUGUACAAAAUAAUAAGGAACUUGAAAAUAAGAAUGCCUAAAUAGAUGAAUUGGAUAAUAAGUUAAAUUUAAGAUAAGAUUAAAUAAAUAUUUUUAAAGAGAAUUUAAACGAAUAUAUAAUCUUAUAAAAUACACUACAAGAAGAAGAAAUUUAAUUGUAAAAAUUUAAUGAUUUUGAAUCAGUUAAAAAUUUAUCAUAAUCCGAAGUUUAUAGCAAAAUAUAACAACUUGAAAAUAAAAUCUAAAUUCUUAAAGAGGAAAAAGACUCAAUAAGCAAAUAACUCAGUACAUUUAAUUAAAUUGCAUAACUUGAAUAAGAUUUAAAAAACAAAUAUGAUUUAAAAAAAAAACUUGUUGAAUUAAAAUUUGAAGUACACUCAUGUUAAAGGCAGAGUCACAAUUGUGAUUAAAAUUGUAAAAUAUGUCCUAAUUAAACAUGUGAUAAAAAAGCUGGACAUGAUGAAUAAGAAGAACAUUUAUGUUAAAAAUAGGAUCAUAAAUGCUAAGAUGUUUGUUAGGUAAUUAAUUGCUAGAGAAAGUGUAUGAAAAGGUUCAAACAUGAUUUUUAACAUAAAUGUGAAUACAAUCACCCUUGCAUUUAAAAAUGCUAAUACUGUGAUAAAAGAUGUAAAAAGGAUCUUUCAAAUCCUCAUGAAAAUAAUCAUGAUUGUUCAGAUAAAUAUUGCACACAUUAUUGUAAAUUGUGUUCAAGAAAAUGCUGUGAAUCACAUCAACACUCAAAAGAAAAUGACAACCAUUUUUGUGAAGAUGUCCAUUAUUGUUAAGAAUAAUGUGAAAUAGGUGGGAUUUGCAAAUUAGAAUAUGAGGUAAUCUAACCAAUAUGGAACACUUCGAUAGCUGAAUUCAAAUAUACUUAAUACAUACCUAAGGAUAAUGGUAAAUAAAGAUGCCAGAAGUAGUUACCUGUAGGAAGCAUUUUGCAUGAUGGAAAACACAUAUGUAAGAAUGAAACCAAAAAUCAAUUUCAUAUUUGUAAUGAAAAAUGUCCUGAGUGUAAUACAUAUUGCGAUUUAAAGUAUGGUCAUCAAGGACUUCAUUCAUCAGACAGACAUAGAAAUAAAGAAAAUUAAAUAUUUACCAUUUAAGAAGGGUACUCGGCCCUCAUUAAAAUCCAAGAUUAAUAAGAAACAAAACUAAGAAAAUAUUAGAUUGGAGAAAGUUCUGCCCCUGAAACAUGCGAUUAGAGCUGCAAAAGAAGAGGAAGAUCUCAUUUUCAUCUAGUUAAAUGUCAAGGAGGUUACAAUUGUUUGUAAAACAAAAAUUAAUAUAAAGCCAGGCAUUCAAAAGAAAAAUAUGUUAAAUUUGAAGAUCUUAAUUUUGACGAAGUCUUGUGUAUAGACUUUUGGAAAUUAAAAAAUUGGGCCCAUCCAAUCUUCAAUGAAUUGGGCAUUAUUAAUAAAUGUAAUUACUAUUGCCCUUUAUGUAUCAUAUAAACUAAUAAUUAUUAAUUUUGUGAUAGUAAUGCAUGGCAUACAAAUGAUGAUAAAAUAAGCGCUCAUUCAUUUUCUUGUAUAGAAAAUCAUUUAUAGAACUAAAUUUAAGGGAUAAAUGUAACUUUUGUUAUAGACUCUACAUUAUCUAUGGGAAAAUACUUAGAAAAGUGUAAACUUACAAUUAGGGAUAUUAUGCAAAAAAUUAAAGUUUAAAUAUAUGUUUAUGGUAAGCAACUCGAAGUUAAUUUUGCUGCUGUGACUUACAAGGAUCACAAGACUCCUUAUGAUCAAUCUUAAAAAAUUAUUGAUAUAUAAGAUUUCACUUCAGAAAAUGUUAUCAUUUCUUUCUUAGAUAAAAUAGUUUUAGAACAUGGAAUAGAUUAUCCAGAAGCUGUCUUGGAUGGAUUAGAUGCCUCAUUAAAGUUAAAAUGGAAUCCAAAUUAUGAGAAACUGCUUUAUUUAAUAGCUGAUUCUCCUCCUCAUGGAAAAUUAUAUCAUAAUUAUCUUGAUAAUUUUCCUGAAGGCUGUCCAUGUGGAUUGAAAUAAGAGAGCAUCUUUAGAACGUUAUAAAAUAUAAAGGUUAAGUUUAAAAUAUUAAAAGUAAAUUAACAUAUCGAGAUGAUGAUUGCUGAAUUUAAAAAAGACUUUAAAGAUUUAUAAGUACUUACACCUGAUAAAUAAAAUGAAGAUACUUUUUUUAAUUUAAUCGUUGACGACGUAUGUAGAUUGUUGGCUAAUAAUGAAAUUACAUAUGAGAUGAAAAAUGAAUAUUGA